AUGUCUGGGAAGGGAGGCUGGGGCUGGUGGUGGGCCCGGCUGCCCCUCUGCCUGCUCCUUAGCCUUUAUGGCUCCUGGGUGCCUUCAUCCCUAGGGAAGCCCAAGGGCCACCCGCACAUGAACUCUAUCCGCAUCGAUGGGGACAUCACUCUGGGAGGCCUGUUUCCUGUCCACGGCCGAGGCUCUGAGGGCAAAGCCUGUGGGGAGCUGAAGAAGGAGAAGGGCAUUCACCGGCUGGAGGCCAUGCUCUUCGCCCUGGACCGCAUCAACAAUGACCCGGACCUGCUGCCCAACAUCACGCUGGGAGCCCGCAUUCUGGACACAUGCUCCAGGGACACCCACGCUCUUGAGCAGUCACUGACCUUCGUGCAGGCGCUCAUCGAGAAGGAUGGCACCGAGGUCCGCUGUGGCAGCGGCGGCCCACCCAUCAUCACCAAGCCUGAGCGCGUGGUGGGCGUCAUCGGGGCUUCAGGGAGCUCAGUCUCAAUCAUGGUGGCCAACAUCCUCCGCCUUUUCAAGAUUCCCCAGAUCAGCUACGCCUCCACAGCCCCGGACCUGAGUGACAACAGCCGCUAUGACUUCUUCUCCCGUGUGGUGCCCUCGGACACAUACCAGGCCCAGGCCAUGGUGGAUAUUGUCCGGGCCCUCAAGUGGAACUACGUGUCCACUCUGGCCUCAGAGGGCAGCUACGGCGAGAGCGGCGUGGAGGCCUUCAUCCAGAAGUCCCGAGAGAAUGGAGGCGUGUGCAUUGCCCAGUCGGUGAAGAUUCCUCGGGAACCCAAGACCGGGGAGUUUGACAAGAUCAUCAAACGCCUCCUGGAAACAUCCAAUGCCAGGGCCAUCAUCAUCUUUGCCAAUGAGGAUGACAUCAGGAGGGUGCUGGAAGCAGCGCGCAGGGCCAACCAGACUGGCCACUUCUUCUGGAUGGGCUCUGACAGCUGGGGCUCCAAGAGCGCUCCCGUGCUGCGCCUGGAGGAGGUGGCCGAGGGUGCUGUCACCAUCCUCCCCAAGAGGAUGUCUGUCCGAGGGUUCGACCGAUACUUCUCCAGCCGCACGCUGGACAACAACAGGCGCAACAUCUGGUUUGCCGAGUUUUGGGAGGACAACUUCCACUGCAAGCUGAGCCGCCAUGCGCUCAAGAAGGGAAGCCACCUCAAGAAGUGUACCAACCGAGAACGCAUCGGGCAGGACUCAGCCUAUGAGCAGGAGGGGAAGGUGCAAUUCGUGAUUGACGCGGUGUAUGCCAUGGGCCACGCACUGCACGCCAUGCAUCGUGAACUGUGUCCUGGCCGCGUAGGACUCUGCCCUCGCAUGGACCCCGUGGAUGGUACCCAGCUGCUUAAGUACAUCCGGAACGUCAAUUUCUCAGGCAUUGCCGGGAACCCUGUAACCUUCAACGAGAACGGAGAUGCACCAGGACGUUAUGACAUUUACCAGUACCAACUGCGCAAUGGCUCGGCUGAGUACAAAGUCAUCGGCUCCUGGACUGACCACCUGCACCUCAGAAUAGAGCGGAUGCAGUGGCCAGGGAGUGGCCAGCAGCUGCCGCGCUCCAUCUGCAGUCUGCCCUGCCAGCCGGGUGAGCGGAAGAAGACAGUGAAGGGCAUGGCCUGCUGCUGGCACUGUGAGCCCUGCACAGGGUACCAGUACCAGGUGGACCGCUAUACCUGUAAAACCUGCCCCUAUGACAUGCGGCCCACGGAGAACCGCACGAGCUGCCAGCCCAUACCCAUCAUCAAACUGGAGUGGGACUCGCCCUGGGCUGUGCUGCCCCUCUUCCUGGCUGUGGUGGGCAUUGCCGCCACGUUGUUUGUGGUGGUCACUUUUGUGCGCUACAAUGACACUCCUAUCGUCAAGGCCUCGGGCCGGGAGCUGAGCUACGUGUUGCUGGCGGGCAUCUUUCUGUGUUACGCCACGACCUUCCUCAUGAUCGCAGAGCCAGACCUGGGGACCUGUUCGCUCCGCCGUAUCUUCCUGGGGCUCGGCAUGAGCAUCAGCUACGCUGCCCUGCUCACCAAGACCAACCGCAUUUACCGCAUCUUUGAGCAGGGCAAACGGUCGGUCAGCGCGCCACGCUUCAUCAGCCCGGCCUCCCAGCUGGCCAUCACCUUCAGCCUCAUCUCCCUGCAGCUGCUUGGCAUCUGUGUGUGGUUUGUGGUGGACCCCUCCCACUCGGUGGUGGACUUCCAGGACCAGCGGACACUUGACCCCCGCUUUGCCCGGGGUGUGCUCAAGUGUGAUAUAUCCGACCUGUCGCUCAUCUGUCUGCUGGGCUACAGCAUGCUGCUCAUGGUCACAUGUACCGUGUAUGCCAUCAAGACUCGGGGUGUGCCCGAGACCUUCAAUGAGGCCAAGCCCAUCGGCUUCACCAUGUACACCACCUGUAUCGUCUGGCUGGCCUUCAUCCCCAUCUUCUUUGGCACCUCACAGUCGGCCGACAAGCUGUACAUCCAGACCACCACGCUGACGGUCUCCGUGAGUCUGAGCGCCUCUGUGUCCCUGGGAAUGCUCUACAUGCCCAAAGUCUACAUCAUCCUAUUCCACCCGGAGCAGAACGUGCCGAAGCGCAAGCGCAGCCUCAAAGCUGUGGUCACCGCAGCCACCAUGUCCAACAAGUUCACGCAGAAGGGCAACUUCAGGCCCAACGGGGAAGCCAAAUCAGAGCUGUGUGAGAACCUGGAGGCCCCAGCACUGGCAACCAAACAGACCUAUGUCACCUACACCAACCAUGCAAUCUAG